UUUGAGAACGAAAGCUUCAUUCAGCUGUGAGUGCCUUCUUCCCUCCGCCUCCUCCAAAUUCCCUAAUAAGCCUUUUUCCGCUAUCUACCAGUCCCCUAUAAUCCUCUUUCUUUCAACUUUCUCUUGCUUGUGCUCAUUGUAAUCUCUCUCUCUAUAUAUAUAGUAACUCUUUUUUAUUGAGAAGUACAGUUGCUUUUCUUGGAGCUCAAAAACUCAACUUGGUAGUUGUGAAGGCUUGUACCUUUUUUGGAAAGCUAUGUACCCCAUGUGGAAUACAAUCAAAUCUUGAUGGAUGAAUAUUGGAAUUUGUUUGCUGAAAGUUUACAUUUUUAAGGAGGUGUAGCUUCUGAAGUGAAUUUGGAGCUUUUGAACUGAAGUUGAGGGUUGAUUUUGGUGUAAAUGAAGAAGAUACCCAGUAAUUCUUAUAUGCCCAAACUUUGAGCAAUUGUGAGUAACAGUUGUUGCACUUCUUCAUCAUGCCUCUCUCUGAGUUCUUGAAAAUGGCUAGGGGGAAGCUUGAAUCUGGCCAGGAGAAAAGGUCAUCCACAACUGAUCCGUCCUCUAGUCUUGAGGAUGAAUUGGUAGAGCUAGUAUGGGAAAAUGGUCAAAUUGUGAUGCAAAGUCAGUCCAGCAGAGCUAAGAAGAACCCUACUUUUAAUAAUCUUCCAUCAAGCUCCCUGAGAGUUAAAGACAAGUUCACAGGGAAUUCCUCAACCACAAAGAUCGGAAAAUUUGGUGCAAUGGACUCUAUGUUGGAUAAUAUGCCAUUAACUGUUCCCAAUGAUGAAAUGGAUUUGAUUGAAGAGGAUGAAGUGGUGCCUUGGUUGAGUUAUUCUGCAGAUGAUAGCCCGCAGCAAGAUUAUCACUCUCCACUGUUACCUCAAAUAUCUGGUCUGACGGUCAAUGAACCAUCUGGUAGGAGAGGAUUUGCAUCAAUGGAUAAGAGAGGUAUUUCUAAUCAGAUGAAUGGGGAUUCACAUAGUGUUCCCAUUCGUAACAUUGUGAACUCAGAACAAGGAAAUGCAUCAAAGCUCUCUCCUUCUAGAUUUAACCUGUUAUGUUCAGGUGCGCCAAAGAAAUCUUCUGCACCAAUUCUGCCCCUAGGAUCACGAGUCUCAGAUAUUAUUAGCAGUAAUACUAGCUGCAAUAUGCCAGUUUCCGCUUUUGGAUAUUCAAAUUCAAGUCAAGCUUCAGCUGGUGUUAUCAAAAGCAUGAAGAUGCAAAAGCAAAAUAUACCUGGAAAUAGCUCCAGUUUGUUGAACUUCGCGCAUUUCUCAAGACCUAUUACUGGGGGUUCAGCUGUUUCAGGCUCGUCUACCAUAGGGGCAAGGGGAAAUAUAGAGAGAGAGAAUGGGGGAAGUAACAGAAAUCGUGUUAGUGAGGUACCAUUUGAAUCAUACUUCAGUUCAGAAAAGGAAAAUGACGUCCAUUCUCCACCUUACAUGGCAUCUUCCAAAGUCGAGUCAAAAGGAUCUAUCGGCCUUCACGAGAGGUCAUGUCCCAUUGAACAGUCUGAUAAUUUAUGCGGAGAUAGUCCAAGUAAUAAUGACAUGUCUCGUGAUCAAUUUACUGGUGUAAAUGCACUCAAAGAAUUUCCUGAUGGUGAGAGAAAUGUUGAACCUGUAGUUGUGUGUUCAUCUGUAUUCUCUGGCAGUAGCGCAGAGAGAGCAUCAAGUGAUCAUCCUCGUACUUUGAAGAGGAAAACUCGUGACAAUGAGGAGUCUGAAUUCCAAAGUGAAGAUGUUGAAGAAGAAUCUGUUGGUAUCAAAAGCGCUGAUCCUGCUCAAGGAGGUGCAGGUUCAAAGAGAAGCAGAGCUGCAGAAGUGCAUAAUCAAUCUGAGCGGAGGCGAAGGGAUAGGAUUAAUGAGAAGAUGCGUGCAUUACAGGAUCUCAUACCAAACUGCAAUAAGGUGGAUAAAGCCUCAAUGCUCGAUGAAGCUAUUGAAUACUUGAAGACACUUCAAGUUCAAGUACAGAUGAUGUCUAUGGGAGCUGGGUUGUGUGCGCCACCAAUGAUGUUUCCUGCAGGAAUGCAAUACAUGCAUGCCACCAAUGUGCCACAAUUUUCUCCGAUGGGUUUAGGGAUGGGAAUGGGUUUUGGGAUGGGUACACUAGAGAUGAAUGGUGGAUCCCCUGGCUGCUCUAUUUAUCCAAUACCCACAAUGCAAGGAGCACAUCUUCGCUCCCCACCAGUUUCUGGCUCUGCUACUUUUCCAGGAGUAGCUGGAUCUAACCUUCACUCUUUUAGGCAUCCUGGUCAAGGACUUCCGGUGUCGGUACCACCUGCAUCUUUGGUUCCUUUGGCAGGGCAACCAUCGAAAAAUGCAGCUGUGGGUUUAAAUAUCACAACUGCAGGAGUUCAUACAGACAUACGGAAUACUUCAACUUUAGACCCCGAAACCAAGGACGCACUAAGAACUCACAUAUAAUGAAUAAUGCUGUUCCGAGCUGCUAAAUCAAUCAGAUUUCAAAUCAGGUACAAGCAACAAAUGAGUAUCUUGGUAAAUCAGCUUUGGUGCGGAAGAAUGACCAGCUCCCUGGUUUUAAUAACAGUACAGCUAAUAACUUGACCAACCAAAUAGAUGUGCUUUGAAGUAAACGUGGUGAUUUUGUAUAAGGACCAGGGUCACUCGUGGUGAUCUACCGACUCCAAUGUGGUGAGAAAGAACUUCAUUAGUUAUGCUAAGAUGUUAAAAUGAAGUUAUAUCUUAUAAUAUUGCUUCCAUGGUCAUCCCUGUGUGCAAAGUAUAUGUAACCAGGAGAAUGGCAGGAAGUGCUUCACUUAGCAAUCCUAUUGUUUAUACAGGUUCCAAUUAGUGCAUGCAACUUAAUAUUGAUAGUGGAUUCACUUUCAUGUUGCGGGCUAGGAAGGAAGCUCUUUGUACUUCCAAACAAAGUGAACUUCUGACAGUUCUUACUAGAAGGUAGUAUUAGGAGUUCCAGAAUGAAAGCUAAUAUCUGUAACCACAGUGGGGAUAUAGCACCAUAGUACACUGCUAACCGCAGAGAUUCUGAUAUUUUAGAGAGAAACCGAUACUUUAUCCUUCAAAUGUACAUUCGAGAUAACUCGAGAGCAGUUGGUCCCAGCCCUUCCCUCUCCCAUGGUUGAAGUUCCUGGACUUUCAAGUCUGUUCAUGUGUAUUAGACAUAUAAACUAAUUUUUUAACAUAGUAAAAGCACGAGCAGGUUCCAAUAAACUUCUGCUAACCUGU